AUGGAUAUUCAUACGGGCUUAGUAUUCCUCGCUCUCGUAGGCUUCUGUUUCCUCUUCUCCCACUCUGCCCCCCAGCUUCUUGCCCGCCUGCGCGGCUGCAAAACAGCAGCUCGCACGAGCCAAACACCUCCGCGCGCUCUCUCACCCAGCUUCAGCGCCGAUGAUAAAUCAAAAACAGCAACACAGUCAGCAAACCCCGCGACUACUCUUCCACCGCAGCUCCGCCAUGUCCUGUCGACCCUCAGUCUUCCCGGCGACGACGAAUACAAAUACAAGGAAAUUCCUGAAAAAGAGGUCCUGCGUUGCCCCUUGCCCAUGACGCAGGACUACCGCAAAUGCCAAGAGGAACGGUACACGCCGACUGGGUUUUCGGUUGCCGAAGUCAAGGCGCUGGGCGACUUCCCCGAUUAUGCGGCGCUGAGUGGGGUGCCGCUGCCGAGGGCUUACGGGGAAAAGUUUGACGUUGACAAGGCGCUGGCGAGACCGUACCGGCCGUUCCGGUGGGCGUAUCAUCAGACGAUGUCACUAACGAAGAUGGAGACUGAUUGGUGGCUUGAGCUGGAAAACACGUACAAAGAGCGGAUUGCACAGCGCAAGGCGCUGUUUGCGAAACAUGGAGGUGGUGUUUUGGCUGCCCUGCCUGGUUCGGAACUCGCCUGCAAGGAGCUUAUGGAGAUGGCACUGCAGUUUUACUGCGCCCGGUAUCCGCAGUAUUUCUCGUUGAUUGACAGGCGGAUUUUCAAAAACAGGAUCCUCGGUACGGAGCAGGAUGUUAGAUUGAAGCCGCCCCUGGAAAUUCUUAUGAAUAAUGUUCCAGAGGACUUUGGGAUCAUGAUGCGCGAUGAUAACACAGGCAAUUACUUUUUGCGCGCGGCCGUAAUUUGUUCUUCGAUGGGGUGGAAUGUCGCGAGUAAGCUUGGGCUCAGGCUUGAUCACAUUCACGCCACCAUACCUGACUAUAAAGAAAAGAUGGAGUUUUCUAUGAACCGAUUUUUUACCAAAAUGCCGGCCGACAAGCCCAUACAACGAGGAUCAUGGGGACUAGAAGUUGGACAGCCUCUGCACACGCCACCUGGAGACCCCCAUGAGAAAAUUCGCGAGUCCCAGGACCCCAAGUUACGCCUGGAGAAUUGCUACCUUCGAACCGACUGGCAGACUCUUCGCCGCCUGCCCCUUUCCGCAGCUAUUGUCUUCAACUUCAAAGCACUUUUCACGCCCAUAACAGAGUUCCGUGACGAGUCUUGCGUUCCGGCGCUCGUGGCAAAGAUUCUGCGGGAAGGAAAGAAAAACAUAAUGGAGUACAAGGGUACAUGGCACGUUGAGCAUCUCGUACUUCCGAAUCUUGACAUUUGGGCUCGAGAGCAAGAGGAGAAUGGCCUUGCUCCAAAAAACUGGGAGGUGGCUACAUUGGAUGAGAGCCCAUGGUUCAAAGGCUGGGAAGAAAAGUGGCAUCGCCAGCAAGGGUUUUAG